GCCGGCGCCGCCGUCGCCUGGCGCUACGGCGACCUGCUGCUGACGCCCUCGCCCGACAGGAAACUGCUGGCCAACGGCUCGCUUCACUUCUUGGCGGUGCGGCCGGCGGACGCGGGCGACUACCAGUGCCAGGUUACUCUGCCCGCCGGCGGCAUUCUGCUCAGCAGGACUGCGUCGCUACAGCUGGCAGAGCUGUCGGCGGUGGGGCCCCGCUCGGCCGAGCUGACCGUGUUCCUGGGUGACACGGCGCGCUUCGAGUGCGGCGUGCGCGGCCGGCCGCCGCCCGACGUCACCUGGCUCCGGGACGACCAGCCGCUGGCGCUCGACUCGUCCCGCAUGCUGGUGCUGCCCUCGGGCGCGCUGGAGCUGGACGAGGUCCAGAUGCAGGACGCCGGGGCGUACGUCUGUCGCGCCACCAACGUGCGCGGCUUCGAGCUCGGACCGCGCACGCAGCUGAGGAUCAACGUUAACUUCGACGAGGUGGACGCGGCGGCGGCGCCGCGGUUCGUGGCCCGGCCGGCCGACACGGAGGCGCGCCGCGGCGACAACGUGACGCUGGACUGCGCAGCCAACGGCCGGCCGCGGCCGCAGGUCACCUGGCUCAAGGACGGCACCACCAUCGACCUCUCGUACCUGGACCGGCGCUUCUACCUGCUGGGCGUCAGCAGCCUGCAGAUCGUGGACGUGCACGAGGAGGAUUCUGGCACGUACCAGUGUCGCGUCUUCAACUCCGUCGACUCGGCCGACGCCAGCGCCGUGCUGCAUGUCAAAGUGCCGCCCGAGUUUGUGGUGCGGCCGAACCAGACGGCCGCCGCCGAGAAGGAGGACGUGGAGCUGUCGUGUAGCGCGCGCGGCUCGCCGCCGCCGCGCAUCACCUGGACCAAGAACGGCGAACGACUGCAUAACUCGGAUUACUUCAAGUUGGUGGACGGUCACAGCCUGCGGAUCCUGGGCCUGGUACAGCGUGAUGCCGGCGUCUACCAGUGCUUCGCCUCCAACGACGCCGGAAACGUGCAGACGGCGGCGCGCCUCACCGUCCUGGCGCCGGAGAGUGGCCGCGCCCGUAACGGCGGCCCGGCGCUGACAGCGGGUGCGGUCGGCACGGCGCCCGCCGCCGCCGGCGCCGCCACCGCGCCGCGCAACUUCACGGCGCGCAUCGUCGACUCGCGCUUCGUGACGCUGACCUGGCGCGAGCCGCUGAACAGCGCCGGCCCGGUGACCUCGUACUCGGUCGUCUACCACGAGCUCGGCUCGGAGAGACAACGCGUGCACAACACGACGGCCGGCUCCAGCUCGCCGAGUCUGCAGAUCCAGGGUCUGCAGCCGGACACCGAGUACACGUUCCGCGUGGUGGCCAACGUGGGCGCGGCGGCCGGCAGGAGCGGCGCGCCGCUGCGCCUGCGCACACGGCCAGAGCUGACGGUGCCGCCGGCGCCGGCCGCGCUUCGCCUCCAGCCGGCCGGCGCCACCCAGCUGCGCGUCAGCUGGCAGCCAGUGCUGCCGUCGCCCGCCGGCUACCGGCUCUACGUGGCUCCGUCUGUGGGCGGCGAGGAGGAGCGCGCCGUCAACACGUCGCUGACGCGCCACCUGCUGACCGGCCUGCGCAAGUUCACCAGCUACACGGUGCGCGUGGCGGCGGUGAACGCCAACGGGCCGGGCCCGAGCACGGCCGAGGCGCGCGCCACCACCUGGAGCGACGUGCCCUCCGAGACGCCGCAGAACAUCACCGUCGAGACGGCCAGCGAUACGAGCGUGGUGGUACACUGGGAGCCGCCGCCGCCGGAGCACCGCAACGGCCAGCUGACUGGCUACAAGAUCCGCUACAAGCCACAGGCGGGCGGCGGCGGCCGGCGCGCGCAGACGGUCGUCACAGACGCCAGCCGGCGCAGCUACGCGCUGGCCGGCCUGCAGAAGGACGCCGAGUACCUGGUGCGCAUGGCGGCGCUCACCGUCAACGGCACGGGCCCGUACACCCGCUGGCACGGCGCGCAGACCUUCCACCGGCUGCAGGUGGAGGCGGCCGUGCCCGACCGGCCCGGCUCGCUGCGAGCGCGCCCCACCGAGAACACCAUCACGGUGCUGUGGUCGCCGCCGGAGAACAAGAACAUCCGCGUGCGGGGCUACACGAUCGGCUGGGGCCGCGGCGUGCCCGACAGCUACACAGAGGUCAUCGACGAGAAGCAGCGCUACUACGUCAUCACCGGACUGGAUCCGAACGCCGAGUACGUGGUGUCGCUGCGGGCGCUGAACGCGGCCGGCAACGGCACGCCGAUCUACGAGACGGUGUGGACGCGACAGCCGCUGGACCAGCUGGACCGGCGCCCGCUGGUCAUCCCCACCGGCCUGAAGGUGAUCGUCGUCAGCGAGUCGGCCGCCGUGCUCCACUGGACCGACCGCUCGCUCCCCAACCAGGAGGUCACAGACGGCCGGAUCUACCGCGUGCGCUACAGCAGCCAGGCCAGCCCCGAGCGCUACCGCCACUACAACGCCUCGCAGCUCAACUGCAUGAUCGAGGGACUGCGACCGGCCACCACCUACGAGUUCUCUGUGCAGGCCGUGAAGGGUCGCCGUGAGUCGGACUGGUCGCUGGUGGUGGUGAAUCAGACGCGCGAGUCGGCGCCCGCCUCGCCGCCGCGUGACCUGACCAUCGUCCAGUCGGAGGACAACCCGGCCAUCAUCAACCUCAACUGGCAGCCGCCCAAGACGCCCAACGGCAAGAUCGACGGCUACGUGAUCCAGUACACGACGGACCGGUCGCGGCCGGACCGCGAGUGGCUGGUGCACCCGGUGGUGGGCGACCAGAUGACGACCGCGCUCAGCGGCCUCACGCCCUCCACCGUCUACUGGUUCCGCAUCCAGGCGCGCAACAGCGCCGGCAACAGCCCCAUCUCGCGGCCGGUCCGGCUGCACACCAGCUCAGACCCUGGUUACAGCCUGUCGUACGAGCGAAAAUCAGGCGGCGGCGGCCUGGGCGACCACCUGCUCUACGUCAUCAUCGCCUGCUCCGUCACGCUGCUGCUGGUGAUCGGCAUCAUUGCGGCCGUCUGCCUCUGCAAGCGCAAGACGAGCCAGGAGUUGCCCCGGCGCGGUCACAAGAGCAACAGCUACGUGAAGGGCCAGACGGAGAUCGGCACGCCGGACUUGAAGCCGCCCGACCUGUGGAUCCACCACGACCAGAUGGAGCUGCGGCCCAUCGGCAAGCAGCGCUCGGACAGCUGCUCGACGCUGCGCCGCCAGUCGCCCGACUACGAGGUCGACGAGCGGUCGUACGCGUCGACGCUGGACCGGCGCGAGCGCGCCGCGCGCACCCACUCGCCCGUCGUCGGCAAAGGGUCAUCCCGCAGUGAGGACAGAUUAGACAAGCAGAUUCACAGGCGGUCGGUGUUCAAACCAAAGCCUAUCGUUGUGCCUAUAGAUGUCGCACCGCACCGGGACCCUGGCAGCUCGGCCACGGCACUAGCCAACGGCACGGUGGAGACGCGGCCCGUCUAUCCGCGCACACAGUUCAGCAUAUCGCGCAAUGUCGGCAGCGAGCCGCCGCCGCCGCCAGCGCCGACGGCGCCGGAGAGCCACUACGGCGCCGGCCUGGGCCUCACCUCGGCCAGCUUCGGCGUGCCGGCGCCGCCGCCGCCGCUGGCCGGCGCGCGCCCGCUCGGCAGUCCGCUCAAGCGGCCAUCGUUCGCCUGCGCGCCGCGGCCGGCCGACGGCGUCGGCACGCGCGAGGAGCUGACACCGCUCCGGCCAUCGUGCAGCACGGAAGAGUUAACGCAGGAGAUGGCCAACCUGGAGGGCCUGAUGAAGGACUUGAACGCCAUCACGGCCUCCGAGUUUAAGUGCUAGGGCUGUCGGGGCUUCUUUCCCGACAGGACCGGCUGUACAUAGUGUGUAAGACGCGUGAAUGCCAACACGGCGCCGCCCGGGCGCCGCGGACGACGACAGACCCCGGAUCGGUUAUUUAAGUCAUUAUUUGUGCCAAAGGCAGCCUCGUACGAAGAUUUCUAACGCUUUUGUACGGUUCUUACGAGUGCGCGCGCUGCGGCGCCGGCGGGGAGCGUUCCCGAGGGACGCGGGGCGGUGCAGCGGUACAGGGGUGGAAGAGACGGAGACGCGUGCCGCCGCUCAGUGGACCUCUGAGUCGUGUUGUGGCCGUGGUGGGACGGCGCGUGUCCGCGUGCGGCGUCGAUAUCACGGAUGGAGGCAGCUCUGGUGGCGGGCCCGCGGUGCCGACCGCCGCCGGUUGGGCCGUGCGGCCGUCCGCGGAUCAGGUAGUUCCUGCAUUUCUGUACAUAACAUGCCAUCCUGAGCGCGCACCCCGCCGACUUCGGUGUGGUGUUUUGUCUUUUUAGUGCUUGAAUCUCGCCAAGACAGACCCAGUACAAUGUGUUUCGUGACUUCCUUGUUUGCGUCCUCGGCACUGUGGUCGUCGCCGUUCAGCCGCGUAUUUUUGUCAGCGGUUUUUUUUAUUUUAAGUGGACACGUGAACAUUAGAUUGUACGAAUCAUUCUGUUGUCAAAAUGUAUUCUAAUACAUUUUAUACCGCUCGCC